GUGACGCGCGCGGGCGGCUCGCGCCCCGAAUCCGCGCCCGGCGCGCGCUCCGGCUCGUGCCCGCGCCUGGACGGAGCCGAGCCGCCCGCAUCCUCCCGGCAGCCAGGCAUUACAAUGAACUUUAAAAGAUAUUUCAUUAGAGUGCUGCAUCGUCUCCAGAAGGGGCCGGGAUACACAUACAAAGAGCUGCUGGUCUGGUACUGCGAUAACACCAACACGCAUGGACCCAAGCGCAUCAUCCGAGAGGGGCCAAAGAAAAAAGUCAUCUGGUUUUUCCUGACUCUGCUCUUCGCAUCUCUCGUCUUCUGGCAAUGGGGGAUCCUCAUUGGCACAUACCUCUCCUACAGUGUCAGUUCAUCUCUCUCUAUAGGGUUUAAGACCAUGAAGUUCCCAGCAGUCACAGUCUGUAAUGCCAGCCCCUACAAAUACUCCAAGGUGAGGCAUCUAUUGAAAGAGUUGGAUGCGCUCACUGAGGCAGCCCUGGAAAGGAUCCUGCAGUCCAAGCUUGGGGACGCAAUCUCAGCUCCCCCACUAAACUCCAGUGAGACUGUUUAUCAGAGGUUAGACCUGAAGCUCUGGAACCAAAUCCCCUUGGUUCUGAUUGACGAGAGUGACCCAGACCAUCCCGUCAUUAUCGAUCUCUUUGAGACCGACCAAAGCGGCUCAGGAGCCCGACCCAACAAUUCCUCUCCCGCCCUGUCCAACGUGACGUCAGAAGCACAGAAACACAAAGUGGCAGUGAAGCUGUGCCACCACAAGGACACCCCCCAGUGCAUCUACAGGAACUUCACCAGCGCAGCCCAAGCAGUGACAGAAUGGUACAUUCUACAGUCCACUAGCAUCCUCUCUAAAGUCCCGCUGCAAGAGAGGAUCAGGAUGGGCUACCAGCCAGAGGACAUGAUCCUAGCAUGUCUGUAUGGGGCAGAGCCCUGCAGCUACAGAAAUUUCACCCAGAUCUAUCAUCCUGACCAUGGCAACUGCUACAUCUUUAACUGGGGCAUGGGUGAGGAAGCCAUGAUUUCUUCCAACCCAGGAGCAGAGUUUGGGCUGAAGUUAAUUCUGGACAUCAGCCAACGAGACUACAUUCCCUACCUCACAUCUACUGCUGGGGCCAGGCUUAUGCUGCAUGAGCAGAAGAGUUUUCCGUUUCUUAAAGACCAAGGCAUCUAUGCCAUGUCUGGGACAGAAACUUCUAUUGGUGUAUUAGUGGAUGAACUUGAGCGGAUGGGUUAUCCCUACAGCGACUGUACUAUGAAUGGGUCAGAUGUCCCUGUAAAAAAUCUUUAUAACGAAUAUAACACCUCCUACUCCAUACAGGCUUGUUUGCGCUCCUGUUUCCAAGCUCAGAUGUUCGAAAAUUGUGGGUGUGGUCACUAUCUGUUUCCUUUACCUGAAGGGGUAAAUUAUUGUAACAGUGAAGUUGAUCCAGACUGGGCAUAUUGCUAUUCUUCACUGAGAGCAAGUAUAAGACACAGGCAGUUUUGUAUUGACUCUUGUAAGGAAACAUGCAAUGACACUCAGUACAAGAUGACCAUAUCAAUGGCAGACUGGCCAUCUGAGGCUUCUGAGGACUGGAUUUUCCAUAUUUUGUCCUAUGAAAGAGAUCUGUCGACAAAUGUGACUCUGGACAGAAAUGGGAUCAUCAAGCUAAAUAUUUACUUUCAAGAGUAUAACUACAGAACCAUCUCGGAAUCUGCGGCUACAACUAUUGUGUGGCUCCUGUCAAGCCUGGGAGGCCAGUUUGGGUUCUGGAUGGGGGGCUCGGUACUGUGCCUCAUUGAAUUUGGAGAAAUCAUCAUUGACUUUCUGUGGAUCACCAUAAUUAACAUCAUCAGUUGGGGCAAAGGCCUGAAGCAGAAACGAGCCUGGGCCCAGUACCCAGACACGCCUCCGACCGUGUCAGAGCUGGUGGAGGCUCACAUCAAUCUUGGGUUCCAACAUGAGGACAUCAUCACCCACCCCCGUGAGGAAGUUCCUCCCCCUGGAGCACUCCCACCAGAGCCAGGCACCCCACCACCCAAUUACGACUCACUGCGUGUAAACCCACUUGCUAUCAUUGACUCGGACAGCGAUGCAGAGGCCAGUUAAGCAGCACAGAAUACCGCACCGCAUUUGGCCUCUGAGGACUGGCUUGCUCUGGCUUGACAUGACCCUUGUAAUUCACUCUGCACCAUGCUCUGCUCUUUAGGAAAGCUGCAGGGGAUACUCUGCCAUGUACAUUGGUCAAACUGGACAGUCUCUACGUAAAAGAAUGAAUGG